AUGUCGAUGCGCACACCAUAUUCUUCCGCAACAAGUCUGGCGGAUAGGGCCAUCUCGCCGUCGCAGUGUUUAUACCCUCGCACGACUGCCAGGCAAAUCCACCCACUGGUGUUUUCUCCAAUGACACCGGUGGACCCAAAAACGAUGUCACCACAUUACCCCGAGUCGCCUCAAUCCCUGCAGAGCGGAAGUCCCGAGGCAGAGGGGCUUGGCAGGACGGAGCCGCAGUCAUUGCUGCCGACGUUUUUGGCUGCGGAUUUUGAUGUCGUCGAUGUUUCCGCACGAUUGGAGAAUGAGUUUUUUAGUGCUGCUCACUCCGCCGAGUUGAAUGGUAGCAGAAGCCGUCAUCUGCAGGAGACGAUAGAUCGCCAUGAGAACUGCUCGUCGGCAGAAAAAUUACUUCAUCGCAACGGUAGCUGCUGCCGUAUGGAUGUCACUGAGGAGAUGACGCAGGUGUUCCAGGAACCGAUGACGCCGCUGCGCGAGGCAUCUUCACUUAUUGAGGAGAACCGCGAGGGCCAAGAUGACGCCGAAGACGAUCGUGCUUCCAAUUCCCCUUCCUCCGUGCAUACUCCGCCUGACAACAUCAUUCGUUCUUCGUUGAUGCUGACGCCGCCGUGGACGCCCGUUCUUGCAACUCCACGGAAAUCUGCCAAACGACCCUCACCGCAAACCUUCACGCCGUCAGCGCACCGGCGCGGUGUGUCGUCACAUAAUUUAAGUAUGGAAUCGCGGGAAGUCUGUGGUGUGCUGCCGCACAUAACUCAUGCAGAUUACCUCCCACCCAAUAGAAACCCGUGUUCACCGUAUCUGGAGUAUGCGGAUGAGAGACAGCUCUUGGUGCAGCUUCGCAUGGAGGAAGAGGAGGACGAAGAGGAGAUGGAUGGUGGUUUGAUUUCCACAACAGAUGGGAUGUUGCAACGUGCGGAUGCAUGUGCCAUUGUGCUUGAACAAACUGUUCCUAUCGCCAGUGCGGUGCGAACAGAAAAGUGUCGAUCUCCGUUGUUCCCUACAGCAGGAAAAGGUGGUGGGGGCACGAAUACGUUUCUCAAUGAGGUGCGCGAAGAAGAUGAUAUCACAGGCCUUUCUCCUGUUUUAGUGGAAAUGGACUUGGCUAUGCGAAAAAAUGCGUCUACGGCAGUGGAGACAGGCGACGUUAGUUCAGGGAAUCAUUUUUUGGACUUUUUUGGAUUUUCUGACGACGGGACGAGUUUAGGGACUGUGCAGAAUGAGACGCCGCAUCGUUUGUCUCGUGAAGCCGAGGAUGUGGCAUGUGAUGCGUCCACGCGCGACCUUACAGAUGGCCAGACAUCUUUUGAAACGCUUCCAAAUAAACUUCUGUGUACACGUGUUUUUUAUGACCUGCGCGGCCAGGUGGGGGAGCAGACAUCUCCUCCUUCAAACUCCCCAUGUAUAUUGCACAAUGCGGCACAAUGGGACCGUACUGUUGGUAUGCAUGUCUCAAGGAAUACGAUCCAUGAAACUGGUCUUUCUUUUCAACCGUCACUCUUGUCCUCCUCUUUAUCGAUCCGCGGAGAUUCUCAGGCCGUCUUUUCUGCAGACAAUUCAGGAGACCUUCCGAGUCAAUUGCAAUUGCGCAAUUGUUUGUCCGUGCAUUUCCCAGUUAAAUUUGAUUACCCCACUGCGGGAUACCCGGGGAGUGAUGCGGAGGACGAGAUACCGAGAGGACAUGUCAAUUCCAAAGAAGAGGAGAAGGAAGAAGAAGAGGAAGAGGAAUUUGAACCCGGUGAUCGGUUUUGUAAUCAUCAUCGCUAUCAAUUUUUGCAUUGGCUACAUUGGCGAAAAGCAUAUGAUUUUGUUCCAAACCAUUUGGAUUGCAACGGGGUUGUCUGGCUUGUGACACACCGCGUGGAUGGCCUUCCGUAUGCCGUCAAGGAAAUACCGGGCACGCAGCAAAACACUCUGCAGACGGAGCUGGAGUGCCUCACACUCGGAAACGCCUCCGUGAACGCGUUGCAACAGCAGGCGGCUGACUACAUCACACGGUACUUUUCUGUUUCACCGUAUAGUGUUGUGUCAUGCGAUUCACAUGAAAGUAUGGCGUUCCUGCUGCAGACAGAGUACUUUCCCAUGGGAAAUGUGAUGGAGUGGGCGUUGGACCCACACGGACUUCGAGGCAAAGAGUUUCGCGUUCCACCGGAAGAUUUUUGGUCGUGUGUGCUUCAACACGGCCUUUUGGCGAUGGAGAGUCUUCACGCAGCUCAUAUUAUUCACGGCAACCCUCUUCCAUUUAAUCUGUUUAUUUACAGCCCAAGGCAUUACAAACUCGGUAACUUUGGUUCUGCAGUGAAGUUCCCGAGUACAUACCCUGUGGGCUCUCCAAAUGUGUUUUUGCCGUCAAACAUGGCGGAUGGCAGCCCAUGGACACCUUAUGAGAUGGAUAUCUUUCUCUUUGCCCAUAGUAUGCUGCAGCUGUGGAAUCACUGUAUUGACAAGCGGAAGCUGGUCUCGAAUGCGGUCCAAACCUUUGAUCAUGAUAGCGAGAGCACACUUCGUGAGAUAUUCAUGAAAGAUGCCAUGUGUAUAUCUUUCAGUGGGUUUCAAGAGGACCGGGUGAAGGGUUAUCAUGAAAUCUCCGAUCAUCUUUGGAAUGUGUUGCAGGCCGCCCUCCGUCGGACCCCGAUAAGUACUCUCCUGAGAAUGUUGGAAGCCCCCUCACGGCUCCAGUGGACACUUUUCUCGCUCUUUGAUACGGAAGAAUUUUAUCUGCUGCGGCGGAAGCGUCGGUUGAAGCGGAUGCUCGAAGAACGUUUACAGAGGAAGGCUCAGGAGGAAGUGAAACGCCAAUCUUUCCCUUCGACGAGUGUGAACUACGUGGACGAUCCGGUGAUUCUUCUUCCUCCUGCGGAGUGGAGUUGCCGAGGACACACCGCCCAUUGUUGCUCAGAUGUUCAAAUCCGAGGGAGCAUGUCAACGGCGGCACCACCACUUCCUUUUCAAUUGCCACUGGCCUCCAACACAUUUGCCUCUUUAGAAAAUGGCGUUGCUUUAUCCCCAGGACGAGGGAAAAAUGAGUCUUGUAAUCAUAGAGUUGCUGCAUGUAACCGUCAUGGUCGCAGACUAUUCAAUAGACCGAAAAGACUAAAGGAAGAAACGCCGUUGAGUUCGUGUGACACCUCUGCGGCAUCAUAUUCACCUCAUCUCUUUUAUGCAACGAAGAAGUUUAGUCUUUUAAAAGACAAAAACUGCAGUUUUAAUUAUUUGCCUGAAGAAGAUAUGGAAAAUACAUCGAUGUUAAGGUAUGCACACGGUGAACGGCCACCUUAUAUACGGAGCCGUGUUGACGCCAACAUCUCUUUUGCCAAUCGAGACCGAUUGGAUGCAAAUCUUUUAUGGACAAUUCGUCAAAUUAUGGCUGUUAUGAAUUGGGAAGACGCUUUGAAAGGGAUUUCUUUGCAUUUUGACGAGAGUGUCCCUGCACGGGGCUUAUUUUCACUUUCACGCUACGCUGUGAGACCCCUGACAUCAUGGGAAUAG